AUGACGCGACCGAUCGCGACGCCGCGUCUGAUGUCGCUGCCGCCGGGCGCCAAGACGUGCGUGUAUGCCUGGGGAAGGGGCGAGCUCGGUCAGCUCGGGCUGGGGCCGUGCGAGGAGGUCGAAACGCCGACACGCGUCCCCGACGUGGAAUCGAGCGAGAUAGUCUACGUCACAGCGGGCCUGUACAACACAGCCAUGAUAUCGGCCGGGGGCGAGGUGCUCAUGUGUGGAGACAACGAGAGCGGCCAACUGGGUGGCACGGGCGACGGACGCAGCAUCGGCCCGCGCCGCGUCCCGGCCCUCGACUCUCUGCGUAUCACGCACGCCGCGGUCGGCCACGGGCACACCGCGGUCGUCACCGACCAGGGCGCCAUUGCGACUUGGGGCGCCGGCGAGUGCGGGCAGCUGGGGCAGGGCAGCACGGGCGACGACCAGCCGCAGCCAAGGGUGAUCCGCGGCACGCGCGAGGUGUACUUCACCAGAGUCGCGUGCGGCGCGCAGCACACGGUCGCGCUGACCGGCAGCGGGCACGUCUUCUCCUUUGGGCACGGGGCGUUUGGCGCGCUGGGCCUGGGGGACGACGAGAGCCAGGAGCUCCCGGUGCUGGUGGAGCGCCUCUGGCCAGUCGCGGUCGCGCAGGUCGCUUGCGGGGACAGCCACAGCGUGGCGCUGGACGUGGGCGGCCAGGUGUGGAGCUGGGGCCGCGGCAAGUAUGGGCAGCUGGGGCUGGGCGACACGCGCGGGCGGAGCACGCCGGAGCGCGUCGCGGCGCUGGUGGGGAGCGUGCAGGUGGCGGGGGUGGCGUGCGGGCCGGACCACACGAUGGCGGUGUCGCGCAACGGGGAGCUGCUCACGUGGGGGCGGGGGACGUGGGGGCAGCUGGGGCACGGCAGCGCGGAGUCGCAGCUGCUGCCGAAGCAGGUGGAGGCGCUGUCGGAGAAGCACGUCGUGCAGGCGGUGGGGUCGGCGAAGAUGUCGCUGGCGCUGACGCUGUCAGGGAAGGUGUACGCGAUGGGGGGGAGUGCCGCGGCGGCCAAGCGCGACCCCGCGGUGCGCCGGAUACGCGGGUUCCCCAGGGGCUGUCGCGUGAUCCAGGGGGCCGCGGCGGGGGAGCACGUGCUGGCGAUCUGCGAGGCGAUGCCGGGCACGCUGGGCGACGGCGUGCGGCCAGCUGGCAGCGAGCCGCUGCGGCGCUCGCUGCCGACCAGGCUCAUCCCGAGCGACAUCACACCCUCCGGACCAGGACCGGCGUCGUGUCCGCCCGUCACGGCGCUCCUGGAAGCCGCGCACGCGGCCGCCCAGCCCCUGGCCCCGCGACGCACUCUCACCGACGUCAUACGCGCGGUCGAGGACGUCUUCUCUUCCCCGGGCCUGCUCGUCGCGGGCUUCUCCCGCCCGCGCAGCUCCGAGGCCUCCCCGCCAGGAACGCCGGCUCGCACCUCGCCUGGAAGCCCGGCGCGGUCGAGCAGCGACGAUGAGGAAGCGCCCGCGGCGGCAGGUGCCGCGGCAAGCGACGACCCGCCCGCGUCGGACGGACUCGCGGACAUCGAUCCGGACCUGCUGCCUGUGCCGACGAACCUCGACGAGGUCGCGGGAGGCGCGCUGUACCCGGAUUGGAGCCACGACUUGGACUCGGGCGCUAUCGAGUCGAUCUAUGGAGCCCUUCUGCGGAUAUAUAGCCCGGAGGUCGUGGCGGCGCUCGGCGCGGCGACGGGCCGGCUGAUGGAGGGCAUGAAGCGCUCGAUGGUGUCGGCGAGCGGCGCGCCGGAGCAGGAGUGGUUGAAGGCGCUGGUGGUGGCCAUGCAGAACCCUCUGCAGAGCGCGCUGCUGGGGCGGCGGGACUCUUCGGAGGGCGAGGACCCCGGCAUCUCCACCGCGAUCGCGACGACGCUGCUCGACGGGCUCGCGCAGGUCAUUGCGCGCCUCACGCACGCCAGCAAGCGGCAGCUCGCGAGCUGGCUGGCCACGCUGCCGCCUGAGACGUUCGCCAGCCGGAUCGUCCGGCCGAUGCAGAAGCGCAUGGAGGGCCUCAUCGGGCGCGUCAGCGUCAUCGCCGCGUGGCCGUCGGUCCGCGAGGACGUCCUGACCGCGUGCCACGUCAUGGACCUCCUCCACGAGUCGUCGCACGCGCAGCGGCACGGGCGCGGCGACGAGGACCUCGGGCAUCGUCUCUCCGCGCAGCCGGACCCGUGGCAGGAGGGCGGGGCGCUCGUCCCGGAGGCCGAGUUCUACAACCGCGCGAUCACGGCGCUGCAGGACGACGUGCUCGAUCACGAGUACCGCGCGUGGAUGUCGCUCAACCUGGAGGACGAGGCGAUGGACGCGCCACAGCCGCUCGUGUCGCUGUGCCAGGUCCCGUUUUUGCUGCUCCCGGAGACGAAGGCGCGCGUGCUGCUGCUGGAGGCCCUGUACCAGAAGCAGCACGAGGUGCGCACGUCGCACAUCCGCGCGCUGGCGCAGGGGGCGCCGCCCGGGGGCGGGCAGUGGCUCGAGCUGCGCGUGCGGCGCGGGCACGUGCUGGAGGACGCCCUGCGGUGCAUUGCGGAGCGCACGGAGGACCUGAAGAAGCCCCUGCGCGUGCGGUUCAUCAGCGGGGGCGUGGAGGAGGAGGGGCUGGACGAGGGCGGCGUGGCGAAGGAGUUCUUCCAGCUGCUGGUGCGGGAGGUGUUCGAGGAGGAGUACGGGAUGUUCUGCUGGCUGCCGGAGUCGCGCACGUUGUGGUUCGACCCCCACACCACCGAGGCCCCGCUGGCGUUCCAGCUGGUGGGCGUCCUGGUCGGACUGGCGAUCUACAACGGCCACAUCCUCGACGUGCGGUUCCCCGCGGUGGUGUACCGGCGGCUGCUCGGGGAGUCGAUGACGCUCGAGGACCUGCGCACCGUGCUGCCGGGGUUCGCGACGGGGCUGCGCAAGUUGCUGGACAUGGGCCCGGACGUCGACGUGGAGAACACGCUGUGCUACACGUUCGCGAUCGACGUGGAGAUCGGGGGGCGUGUGCUGCACGUCGACCUGGUGCCGGGGGGCUCCGACAUGCCCGUCACGCGCGCGAAUCGGGCGCUGUUCGUGGAUCUCUGCAUCCACCAUAUCCUGGAAAGAAGCGUCGCGCCGUCGUUCGAGGGCUUCAAUCGCGGGUUCGGGCAGGUGUGCGGCGGCCCAGCGCUGUCCAUGUUCCGCCCCUCAGAGCUCGAGCUGCUGGUCUGCGGGCUCCCGCACCUGGACUUCGAGGCGCUCGAGCGGAGCACGCGGUACGAGGGGGGCUACAGCGCCGACACCCCCGUCGUGCGGUGGUUCUGGUCCAAGGUCGCGAAGAUGGACAUGAUGAGGCGGCGCAGGCUGCUCGCCUUCAUCACCGGGUGCGACCGCGCGCCGAUCGGGGGGCUGGAAGCGCUGAAGCUGGUGGUGCAGCGCAACGGGGGGGACACCAUGCGGCUCCCGACGGCGCACACGUGCUUCAACAUCCUCCUGCUGCCCGAGUACCACUCGGCAAGGAAGCUCGAGGAGCGCCUGAUGCUCGCGAUCGAGAACGCGCAGGGCUUCGGGCUCGCGUGA